AUGACGCUUGAUAAGGGGACUAUGUCUAGAAUAUUAUCUCUCCCUCGUACAUCGCAGAACCUCGCCUCGUCAAGAGCUUUCAGGUAUCUACAAACGGAAGUGGUCAGACCGCAAAACCAAAAAGUAGUAUCGGGACUGAGUAGUACUCAGUUAGAGACUCGUAAGGAAAGACAAGAAGGAGAUAUCAGUUCGGUAUUCGCUUCGCUGUCAGGAGAAAAAGCAAAAGCCCUUCCUGAGAGAUUCGCAGAUCUGAAAAGACAUAUUAUAGGUGACGAAGCGAAUCAACAAGCUCUAAUCUCCAGCUGGACAUCGCUCACAAAGAGAUUGAGGCAAGCUGCAGUGGAGAUUGAGAAGAAGAAACAGGAUUGUAUCCCUCAAAUCACUUAUGACGAAUUCAUUUCAUCGCCUUCAUCAUCCACAAUCGAAGCUAUCAAACGAGCAGGCUCGUUGAUCCUGAAAAAUGUCAUCCCGGAAGAAACAGUUGUUGAAUGGUUAAAAGAUACUAAAGCCUACAUAAAAGCAAAUCCCGAUGUUAAAGGAUUUCCAAAAGACGAUAAACAGGUUUUCGAGUUAUAUUGGUCAAAAGUACAGCUGAAAGCAAGAUCACAUCCUCGUUCAUUACAAGCUCAAAAAUCGCUCUUAAAACUUUUUUCGCAUUCACCUGAUUUCCCAGUAUCGCUCAAUACACCAUUGUGUUAUGCCGAUAGAUUGAGGAUACGUCAUCCAGGAGAUGCCAAAUUCGCUUUGGGACCGCACGCAGAUGGUGGAAGUGUUGAACGAUGGGAAGACCUAACAUAUCGUAAAGUAUAUCAAAAGAUUUUAGAAGGACACUGGGAGAAUUUUGAUGCCUGGACUAUCGCAGAGAGAUCAUUAGCGAGACAAAAUCUAUAUGAUGGUCCUGGAUCUUGCGGCGUGUUUAGAGCAUUCCAAGGUUGGACUUCAUUGUCUUCUACCGGGCCUGAUGAAGGUACUUUGAGAGUAUACCCUUUCAUCAAAGAAUUGACUGCUUAUACGAUGUUGCGACCGUUGUUCAGAGAUAAGGAAUCUCGAUCUACCUUAACACGAGAUGAAUACCUCUCAUCGUCUAAUUGGCAAUUAGAUCUCACAACCUCAGAAUUCCCAGGAUCACCGUUAGCUAGAGGUCAGGAAUACAAUGAUAUAACUCAUCCUCAUUUGGAACUGGAAAGAAGUAUGGUCAGUAUGCCUAGGGUUGAACCGGGAGAUCAAGCUUGGUGGCAUGCUGACGUGAUCCAUGCGGUUGAAUCAACUCACAAUGGUAAAGGACCUUCUGCUGUACUGUAUAUCCCCACUGUACCUCUCACAGAACAAAAUAUCGAAUAUAUAAAGGAUCAACGAGAUACUUUCCUCAGUGGAAAACCGGGUCCCGAUUUCCCUGGUGGAGUAGGUGAAAGUCAAUUUGUAGGUAGAGGAUUGCCAGAGGAUAUCGAAACUAAAGAAGGAAGACAAGCAAUGGGACUCGAACCGUUUGACCUUGAUGGUGAUUUGACUGCUGGUGAAAAAGAAAUGAUGCGUCAAGCCAAUGAAAUACUUGGAUUCAAUUGA